UUUUGGGGUCCCUAGUCUCUCAUAGUGUGGGCGUGUGAUAAGAGCAAAGAAAGAAAAGAAAGAGAAGUCACAACAUUUAGAUCUUGCGAGAAGAGAAGAGUGGCGUCGUUGUGGGAAAUGGAUAGUGCAGAAGCAGCAGCACCUCAAAGUAACAGCACAAGCAGAGACAACUACCUGAGGCAACUCAACAAGCUCUCUCAAAAGAUCUCUAAACCCGCCACCACCAGCACCACCGUCACUAAAAAGCCCAACCCCUUCGAAGCCCACCAGAAUCAAAACCCAACCACCAACGCCAACAACAACAGCCUUCAACUGUCGUCGCAGCAUCAGAACCUGCAGCACCAGCCACCAGUCUACAACAUCAACAAGAACGACUUCAGGGAUGUUGUCCAGAAGCUCACGGGCUCACCGGCCCAUGAAAGAAUCUCCACCCCUCCCCCCAUUCACCAGCCCAGGCCCCCGAGCUCCCGUCUCCAGAGGAUCCGCCCUCCUCCGCUUCCUCAGAUUGCUAACCGCCCGCCCUCUAUGCUUCGCCCCCAUCAGAUGCCGCCUCCACAGCCCGCCGUCAACGCUGCUGGCCUUGGAGGCUUUUCUGGCUUCGGCAGGCCAGCAGCGCCGCCUCUCUCUCCUCUUCCGCCGUUGCCUGCUGUCCACGCUGCCGCUGAGUCCCCUGUUUCCGCCUACCUAAGGUAUCUUCACGGUAACAACGUGGACCAAAGCUCGAAGCAGUUCUCAGGGUUUUCGCCGUUGCAACCUUUGGUCUCGCCACGCUGGAACAGCUUCAAUCCACCGCAACCGCAACCCCAAUCUCAGCAUCAACCUCAGUCGCAGUCUCAGCCACAACCACAGUCAAAGCCUCAGCCUCAGGUUGCGUCGGAGCAAGAAUCCCAGCCACCACCGCAGCAGAUUCCAUUGACGCAUCAGGCGGUGGUUCCCUCGGAAGCGCCGGCACCACCGCAACCGCAUCCGCAGCCGCAGCCAACGGUCACAUCGCAGGCGCAAUUUCCGUUUCCAUCUCCUCCUUCACCAUUUGGAUGCUUGAAUUCACCGUUCGGCCUUUCCUCUUACCCUCUGUUAUCUCCGGGUCUACUAUUUUCCCCAAAUUCAGGUCAAUUAGGGUUUCCGCAGCUUCCCCUUUCACCAACCGUGCCUGUUCCGAGCCCUAGGUGGAGAGGUCUUUGAGGUAGGUAAGAAGCAAUGGGCAAUGGCCAGAAUAUGAUGUUGAUGAUGGCUUUCGAGAUUCAGGUUAUAGGAUUGGUUCUUUUGUUGGUUCUGUAAAUGGUUUUAGGAGGCAGUGGUGGCGGCAAUGACGGUUUAUUCAAUUUGUGGUGGUUGGACUUAAACUAGUCUACUGCUACUUCUUAAUUUACUUUGCUUUAUUUUAUUUUCUGUAAAUGGGAUAUCAAAGACAUGAGAAAGGAACAAUUUUGCAUUUAUCUAUGGUUUUUUUAGGGAUAUUUGGAUAUUUGGGGGGAAUCAGGAGAAAUUAGGUCUAUACAAAUAUAGUUCGAUCAUGCCUUUCUUUCUUUCUUUUUUUCUUUUUUUUUUAAAUGUAAAAACCUUUUAUCGUUGCCUUCAACAUUUCUCUUUUUAUGAUGUCUUUUUUAUGUUUUUUUGCUUUUUUUAAUCUUCUAUUUCAUUUAGUUGAAUAUGUAAUUGUCUUGUAAUGUACUAAUGUAGAUAUUGCUA